GGCACAGCUGGCACAAUCGGGUCGCCCAGCGACCCAGCGCGCCCAGCGUGCCCAGCCCAGCCAUCUCCGCAGAGGUUAUAAGCUGCUCUAUUAUAGCUAGCAUCGUUAAUAUACCUUCACUCUUUCGCUUUUGUUGCAGCUGCACUCUGCUUUUUCUCUUUGUAAAAACUCUGCUUCAACAUUUUUGCCCACUCUGUGGAGUAGAAGUGUCGGCGUAAUCAAUGUACGGCCUUAUGCUUCCCAGUAUAGUUGUUUAUGUGUGAAAAAAGCUAGUAUUUUUCCAGGGGGAAGGAAUAUAUAGUCUUAGGGAAAAAAAAAGUCAACGCAGAUUUUUUUGCGAGUAUUUGAUUGAUUGUCUGAACAUGGGCCUGGGUCUGUUUGUUCCUCCGUUAUCCAGCGCCGCCGCUCGUUAGACGGCCGCAUAUAGUUGAUUGUCUGCCCAUGUGCCCGCGUGACAUUGUCCAGCGAUCUGCUUGGAGUGAGGUUCCCCCUCUCAGCUGAGUCGUAAGGGUCCGCCGUUCAUUAGCCUGGCACAGCGUAAGCAAAGCUGGCAGGUCGGUCCCUAGACAGCCGCAGCCAAUUUGCGCCUGGGGUUCUUUGUACUAGGUUACUUAGGUGACUAGCCUCGGGUCUUUUGCUAUGGAUGGUCUUUAGUGGGCUAGGUCAGCGGGAGCACAGGCGUGCCGGUACAGUCCAGAGCUGCCCCUGGGUCUAUUAAGUUCCUCUGUUAUCCAGCGCCGCCGCUCGUUAGGCGCCCGCAUACAGUUGAUUGAUUGGCUGGAUUGCGUUGCAGAGUGGUUAUAAUUGCAUAUAGAUACACAUGGCGCCACCUCCUGUAAACGCUCCCCGAAGAAAGGUGAAAGCUCGAUGAAAAACGUUCGGACUUCAUUGUUUGAGGACUUGAUCUUUUCAAUUUGAACAACGCAAAAGCGACUAGAUGCCCAAUAGCGAGUAGUAUAGAUUCAGACUCAUGUUGUAGGUCUUUGAAAAACACGAUAAAUUCAAGAUCUCGAAGAUAAUAAUUUAAAAGCCGAAUUGAAAUUUUUCGAUCUUGAACGAAAUCUGACUGAAUUCUCCGAAGAAAUAAUGGUUGGAAAGCGCAAGACUGCUCUCGAGCUGAAGCUCGAGAAGGCUGCUGCCGCUGCCAAGAAGGAACAGGCUGAUGCAGGUGUGGAUAGACUCUUCAGCGAAGACGAUGCUCCCGCUCCAUCGUCGGCCUCUGCUUCAACAAACAGCGUUUCAACGGUGGCACCACCAGCACAAUCAAGUGCGGCUGCGCCGAUAGCGAAAGUCGGGGAAUCCUCUCGCACGCCUAGCGCCACUCGAACGCCAUCGAGAAUGAAACGGGCGACAAAAAAUGCGACGCCAUCCGUUCAAGGUUCGAAGGACACUCUUGAUGAGAAAGUCGAUCCUGACCCACCUGCCAAAGAAGCAAAGAAGGCGGCCGGAAAAAAGAUUGGGAAAAAGGAAAAAGUACCUCCACCUACACGCCGAAGCUUUACAUCUUCACAAUUGCAGUUAUUUCACGUUCACCUUUACGAUAUCAAACAGAAGCAGAACGAAGUGCAACAGGGAACUACAACUACAACUAGAACUACGUACUCCUUACUUCUAUUUUUAUUAAUCAACCACAACUGAAUAGUUCUUGUUCCAGAUCGAUCCUUUCUAUGUCUUAGAUUUCAUACUCAAUUGCAUUUUUUGACAUUCAUUCUAGGAACCUGCGGCCGCCAAAAAAACUGCUAGUAAGAAGGGAAAAGUAACUUGGGCCGACGAUAGCUUGGAAGAGAAACCUCUUGCGACACCAAAGCGCACACUUACCCCCGGUGAUCGUCGGCAAAUGAGAGCUGGAUCAGGCUACACAAACAGCAAAACAAAGUCACCUGGAGGAGCACUCGCGCCACAGCGCGUAUUUGACCUUUUAUUAAUGCUAGCUAUUUAUUGAAAUGUUGUAAAUAAUAGAUGAGUGCUAGUGAAUGAUGAUAAAGUUCAGUAGAUUGAAGAAGAAGAACGAGGUCCAGGUUGAUGAGUAGAAGAAGAUGUGGGACAAUUACUAGGGAUAUAAAUUCAUAGAUUCUCAAGAAUACAUUUUGUUUGCAGAUAAAGAUCGAGGAUGAAGACGAGGAAGGAGUUUUGCAGGGUCGCAGCAGAGAACUCGGGACGCCAUCUUCCGCGUCAAAAAGUGUGGCUUUUCGGGAAGACGUCGAUGUGACGCACAUCGAAGCAGCGGGGAAAUCGCGAGCAGUGAAGAGGAAAAAAGGACUCUCGCCAGUGGAUGAGGUAUCAUUCGAAAAUUCGCUUGUAAUAAAAUAUAUUGUGUUCUUUGUGACGGAGAAUCUGCAAUAGAAGAACUCCUCGAAGAGAGUCACACAUCGCUUACGGUCACGCUUAGCUGUGAAGGUCUAAUAAUCCCUUAGUGUAUUCUUUCAAUAGCGCCACCUGAUUCGAAAUCCUAUUUCUCUUUCAGGACGGCGAAGAUGCGGCCAACGACGGAUCGCCUUUGGUUUUAAGAGGGAGAGGACAGGAGCCAAAGCGGUUGAAGAAAGACGUGUCCUCCCCACUGUUCCAACCGCAGGCAAGUCCUGUUCGCACAGAUUGGUUCCCCGACCGGCAAGGAACGACCCCCAAACAGUAUGCGACGCCGAAGCAGUCUGACCCGUCUCGAGUGGCCAACGCGUCUCCUAGCGAGGCGAAACUGCCUCCAAAACGGAGUUCUCUCCUUUCCCGUGGUGACGGAGCCAUUACACGACUCAUGCUGAAUGAAGAAAACAUCAGCGCGGAUGCGGAAGGCGGGUCAGAUGCCUCAUCAGCGAAGGCACUUAGCGAAGAAGAACGCAGGCACGCAGAGGCGGUUGCGGAUUUGAAGCGGUCAAAUGUGCAGAGGUUCAUGAAUUCGCCCUUCAGAUUGAAGCGGAACAAAGUAACAAAUCAAGCAGAUGCGGUUGGUGUCCCCUCAGGGGCCGGGACUUCUUCUUCUUCCACGGCAAAAGCUGCGUCCUCGACCUCUUCUAGUGACCUGAUACUGGCAAAGAACACGCAGCAGAACAAGCAAUACCUGUUGCCGAUCUUGGACGACGAGCAAAAAGCGCUGCUCGGUCUCUAUAGGACCAUCGAUCAGUUAAUAACGAUGUAUCGGCAACUUCGCUCACGACGCACAGCGAUUGCCGAUCUGCGAAAGAAUGCGGAAAGAUCAUCUGGGCGCCAGUUGACGACCUCGCGAUUGAGAAGAAUACUCUUUGUCGCAAAAGACUUCUUGCGGGCGGAGCGACUCAGCCAGCAUCAGUGGAAUCCACUAAGGGAAGACCCGAUCGUGCUAGAGCACGGUGACGAAGAUGUGCAACUGAGUCAAACAUUAUGCGGAUAUCUUGUUGCCAAAGUCAAGAAGCUCUCCUUGUCGAGUUGAUCAGUUGUACAAAUGUUGUUGAUUCAUUAGGUUUAGGGUGUGAUCAGUCUUAAAGACAAAGAUAGAAAACAAGUAAACAGCUUAUCCUUAUCAUCUACUUGUGUGAAUUCGAAUUUGUUAUUGAAGUAAGUAGAAGAGCAAUAGUCGUAUACGCCGUUCAUCUUCUGAUCCAGACAGCGGAGGGAAGCUGGUUGUGCACCUUGCGGAGGCGGAUCUGUCCACGCGAUGGAGGACUGUAGCAGAGCGUCUGGGCCAAUACGGUCAGAGGGAUGUGCCCCAUGCAGACUUGCCCGAACGUCCGGAGACAGUAGCAGAAGCGGCUGCAAAGGAGAUGAAAAACUUUCUCACACCACAGGCAAGCCCAAGCGCAAGUCCUCGAGGUGGAUCGAUACGCGUUUCGUCAGCCAGCGGAAGGCGACUAAAUAUAUCGGACAAAGCGAAGCACAAGGAAAAGGUAUUUCUUAUAUCUAAACGUGAGAGCACUCACCUUUCGUUCCUUCUUCUUCUUCUAGAUGAGACCUCUGGCGGCAGUAGUGUGGUUUUCCAAGUGCACAAGUAAUUACUUAAGUUAUUAGCCCUAUUCUACUUCCUUACUUGCCCUAUUCUACUUCCUUACUUCCUUACUUCCUUACUUCCUUACUUCCUUGCUUCCUUGCUUCCUUGCUUCCUUACUUCCUUACUUCCUUACUUCCUUACUUCCUUACUUCCUUACUUCCUUACUUCCUUACUUCCUUACUUCCUUACUUCCUUACUUCCUUACUUCCUUACUUCCUUACUUUCUUACUUUCUUACUUUCUUACUUUCUUAUAUAAUAAAGCUCUUCUUGAGUGUGUCGCAACUCUAUCGCACUCGUCGACUCGCUUUCGUUUCAAUAGUUUCGUCUUAGUCUAGUCGCCUCUCGUCUGAGUCCAACGCUGUUGUCUUCGUAUUCUUUCACAACUACCCACAACUACACACACACACAAAACUUAGAAGGUACCUCUUCACGAAACAUGCUGCAGUAGCUACGGAGACUUGACGGAAGUCCACACUACAUUUUAUUUACUCCAUAGAAAUACUGACUUUGAAAAGUCCUAGGUAAAUCUCAUUAAUAUAAAUAUCAAGCGAUACAAUGUUCAUGUUGAUUUCCGUAGUAGCUACUUUCUGACUCUGUGUCUUCUUCUACUAGUUUGUAAUACCGCUCAUGACAUUGACAUCAUAACGUGCAGGCUUGUUUUUACUUCUUUGCUGCUCAUACGAAGUGCAUAUACUUACUAUUCAUCUAGAUUUACUUUCCUCAUCCUUACAUUCAUUCUUUAAAAGCUAUCUUACAUCAAGCCUAACUCUCUACGUGCUUCUCUUUCUUAUGCAAGUACUUCUAUCACAUCAAAAGAGUCUAUUUAUAAAUCCACUCUCUCCAUCUUCCCAGCUUUCCAACACAUCAAUUAGGAAAACGCACAUACAAAACAUGACCUCCACGUUGCAACAGAGCAGAACUCACACCUGUGAUCAGGAUUUUUUUCACCUCUCGUGAAGUAUUUUAAUUUUUUUCAACUAUCUAAGGUCUACAUGCAUACUUACAUUCAUCUUUGACAAAUUGUCUUCAGAUCGCGGGCUGCAUAAAGAAAUUAGAUGCGGAGCGGAGUAAGCUUGAGGAGAAAGUGGACGAGCUGAGCCGGCUUUUGGAGGUGAUGCCUUUAAUUCAGGUGAGCUUCGACCAGCGCGGUCGGCCGGGGUUCAUGAGCUACACCGACUUGUUGCAGGAACUGACGCGGAAUAACAAGAACAAUUUGAGUACGGACACGCUCGCGACGGUGCUAGAGCGCUACUCCGCUGAAGUCCCGGACUGGCUCUCCAUUAAAGUCUCAAACUUUGACGCGGACGUCAAAACAGUUCACGUACGCCAUGACUUCAACUACGGCAACUGGCGACGGGCGACCUCUGAUCAAAGGGAAGUGCACAAACAGCGGAUGCAGUCGAUCGACAAUGAAAAAAAGACAUUAUUCGUCGUCGACUAAACACGUCGUGAAGCAUAGCACUCUAAACGCAAUUCGCACUACUUGUACUUCUCAGAAAUAAGGACGAAGUUGAAGAUAUUUUUCCACGAAGAAAUUAGACCCAUUGUUCUUGAUGUUCUACGCCAGCGUCGGUGCGAACAAAAACUAAGUACUUUAUUU